GAACAACAGCUGACUGUCCGCAGAACGGUAUUUGCAAACAUUUCUUCCACAAAGCUCUCUUGGAAAAAGACAAAACAAAUCAGGACCGAUGAUGUACCUGAUACCUUCAUCCGGUGAAACACCGAUCUCAAUUACAGCUGAACUUAGAGAUUCACUAUCAUGCCUCGACAUCGUGUGGUCUGAUAUGUUUGAGUCUGAAGACUCUGUAAUUAACUCUAAAGUUUGUAGGAAGCAUGAGACUGACUUUCUUAAAGGAGACCCACCACAGUGGCUAAUUUUUUACACAUCUGCAAACUCACCUUUGGUCGAAAGGGAUUGCUUUAAAGAUUUAAUACAGUUAAUUGAGAGAAAGAAGAAAAAACACCGUCUCAUCACUGAAGUUUCCUUGCGAUACCAGCCUGGCAGUGGAGGCUCAACUCUGGCCAUGCAGGUGCUUUGGCAUUUCAGGAAAGACCUCAGAUGUGUCAGAGUGAUCGCUUCAAAACUAGACACUAAAGAGCUGUCGAAACAAGUCGUGGACCUUUUUCUGCUGUCCAGUGAAGAACAAGGUCAGAAAACUGUGCUGCUGUUAUUAGACAUCCAGGAAAACACAAAUGACAAUCUGCAAAUCAAGAAUAGUCUCCGGAAAAACCUGAAUGAAGAAAUACAUCAGAGGGAUAUCACUACAAACACUCCAGUUGUGAUCAUUUUUAAUUGCAGCUCUGCAUACUGUCUUACCACUGCUGAAGCAACAGCUGACGUGAAGCUUAAAAUGGAGCUCUCACCGCAUGAAAAGCAGAGGUUUGAGCAGAAAAAGAAGGAGUUGAAAAAGAAACACAAGGAAACGUCACAGGAGUUUCAUGCCUUUAACAUAAUGCAGGGAGGUUUCAAGAAAGAGGAUGCAGAGAAAGUGAUCACAGAAGAAAUGAUAAACCAUGUUAAAAAUCACAAGGAGUCCAGCAGCACAAGACUUCUCAGUUUUCUGGCUUUGAUAAACUCAUAUGUCCCAGGUUCACACUUGUCGAAGCUUUUCUGUCAGGAAUUCAUGGAUCAGACAGAACAGCCGACCGAUGAGGAAAAGCCCACACUGGAGACAAUCAUGAAGCCUUUCAUGGAUCUCAUAGUCAUUUUCUCAAAAGAAGAACAAGAAGCCAACUGCAUACGCCUGGCACAUCCAAUGAUUGCUGAUGCCUGUCUCAAACUGUUCACUGAGAGCAAACUGACAAGAUUUGACAUCGCUAAGGACUUCUUGAACAGUUUGGUGAAAGGAAAGGAGAGUAAUUAUGUGCGAAUUUGCAACAACAUGUUAGUCAGAAGACUUCAGACAGAACAAGGAAAGCAGACGUUUUCCAGACUGAUUCUUGACAUCAUAAAUGAAAGAGAAAAUAAUGCUAACCAGUGCAUUUGUUUGUUGGAGUUGGCUUCAGAUUUGUUCUCCACAGACCCUGUUUAUCCUCAAACACUUGCACGUUUGUUUUACAUUAAGGUUAAAGAAGACAACAAAUAUGAGGAGGCAAGAAAAUGGGCAACAUUGGCCAUUAAACGAGAUCCCAAAAAUUCACAUAUCAGGGAUACUUUGGGACAAGUUCACAAAAACCACCUGCUGAAUGAAACUAAAAAGCAACACUCAGACAUUAACAUGUAUUUGGCCAUUGCUCAGUCUGCCAUUAAAGCAUUUAAAGAUGAAGAGGAAGCAGCUGAAGGUGAGUCUGAAGAUGACACCGGAUUCAGUAACAGGGGUCUCUUUGGGUUCCUCCAGGUUUGCAAGAUCAUACAUCCAAAAAUGAAUUUUCAUCAAUACAUCAAUAGCCUUGGAUGUGAUGUGGAGAAGAAAUAUGAUUUCUUUGAAUGGUUCCUUGCAUUCUCAAGACCAAACAUUGAAGAUGAGGACCCAGACUACAUUCGUAGGGAUAUUGAAAAGUGCUACAAGCUAUAUUGCACACAGAGAAAAAAAAUGGCCCUGAAUGAGAAAAAAUGAAGUCCU